CCCACCUGGACUGCAACCACAACUAUGAACCAGUCACAGCUCCCAACAGAGCCGUUGUCCACCGGCAACAGCAGCCUCGUUGACCUCCUCCCUGUGAAGGAGUCCAACCACUCGUGUCCUCUGGGCUGGGGUCGUAGCGCAGGUCUGGAGGCCUGCUUCCUGGAGACGGCCAUCAUCGUCCUGUUGACGGUCCUCAUCAUCGCCGGGAACCUAACUGUCAUCUUCGUGUUCCACUGCGCGCCGCUGCUACACCACUACACCACCAGCUACUUCAUCCAGACCAUGGCCUACGCUGACCUGCUAGUGGGCCUCAGCUGUCUGGUUCCCACCCUGUCUCUUCUCCACCACCCGGCAGAAGUCCAGGAGCCUCUCACCUGCCAGGUGUUCAGCUAUGUAAUUUCAGUCCUGAAGAGCGUCUCCAUGACCUGCCUGGCUUGCAUCAGUGUGGAUCGCUACUUGGCCAUCACCAAACCGCUGUCCUACAACCAGCUGGUGACGCCUUGCCGGCUGCGGGGCUGCAUCACCCUCAUCUGGCUGUACUCCAGCCUGGUAUUCCUGCCCUCCUUCUUUGGCUGUAAGCCCGGUUACCACGGCGACAUCUUUGAGUGGUGUGCCCACUCCUGGCCCACUUCCGCCCUCUUCACCGGCUUUGUGGUUUGCCUGCUUUACGCGCCAGCUGCUCUUGUGGUCUGUUUUACGUACUAUCACAUCUUCCGCAUCUGCCAGCAGCACAACCGAGAGAUCAGCGAACGGCGAGCUCGUUUUCCCAGCCAGGAGAUGGAGGCCGGGGAGGGGGCUGGCGGGGGACAUCCUGGAGGACACGGGCCUGACCGCCGCUAUGCCAUGGUACUCUUCCGCAUCACCAGUGUGUUUUACAUGCUGUGGCUCCCCUACAUCAUCUACUUCCUGUUAGAGAGCUCCCACGUACUGGAUAGUCCCGCCCUCUCCUUUGUGACCACCUGGCUAGCUAUUAGCAACAGCUUCUGCAACUGUGUCAUCUACAGCCUGUCUAAUAGUGUGUUCCGCCUUGGCAUGCGCAGGCUGUCGCAGACUAUCUGCUCCUUCAGCCACUGUGCCGCCGAUGACCGGGACUUUAGGGAGCCGAAACACAGAAAGAGGGCAAACUCCUGCUCCAUUUGA